AGAACUGAGAAUACCAAAUCAUACCGAACAUAAAAGAGAGAUUCAGUUUGGUUUAUAAAUCUAUUAGACCGGAUAAUCUAAGCUGAAACCAAUAUAAUUCCAGUUAAACCGACAAUUUCAAUACCAAAUUGAAUUUCUCGGUUCGGUUCGAAUUAACCUUUUGUUUUGUUGGUCGUGGACGUAUAUAGUUCCACACUAACACAUCUGAGCAUUUCCUUUUGCUUACAGCAGAAAUAUCGGAACCAAAGCGAUGCCGUCGACGCAGUCCUUGACCGUCGCAGCGAAGACGCUACGAAAUCGGAUCUUCUCUAGGUCUGGAUCUACAUCCGCCGGUCCGAGUCGGUGGGCGACGCCAGGUCACGAGGAGCGGCCUAAGGGUUACUUUAUGAACCGGACUCCUCCGGCACCAGGACAGUCGCGAAAAUGGGAAGAUUGGGAGCUUCCUUGUUACAUCACUAGCUUCCUCACAAUUGUUAUCCUCGGCGUCGGACUCAAUGCCAAACCUGAUCUUUCAAUCGAGACUUGGGCUCAUCAGAAAGCUUUAGAGCGUCUCGAGAUGGAGAAGCUCGCGACCGCUGGAGAUUCGUCUGAUUAAGCAUCACCGUUGGAUCUCCGGAUGCUUGAUUUGGUAUGUCUUAUUUUCCGGGAGUUGAGGAGUUUUUUUCCCGUUUUAUGAUGAUGAUCACGAAGACUGGAGAGUUAGGGUUUCGUUUGGCCCUUGAACUGUGUUUCAAAUCUCCUUUGUUUUGUCGAUAAUGAUGAUGUUUAUGAAAUAAGUGUUCUUUUAACUGUUUAGACGCACUUGCCCUCACUUAUUACUACCUUUCUCAAAUUUGGUUACACUUGCUUUGAUCCUUUCUCAAGUUA